UCUUUGCCUUCUUGCCCAGAGCCACCUGAGAAGACAGAGGCUGCACCCAUGGGAACGGCUCCGAGCAUCUGCCCAGGGGACCAGUUGAAGCUCCAGGAAGAGAGCAGAGAGACCAACAAGCUUCUACCCAGUAAACUGGAGCUUCAGAUGAUGGAAGGAACUCUGGAGAGGAAGCACCUCUUGCAGGCAGGAGGAAGAAAGGCAAAUUGUCGUUCCUGGAACACAUUCCAUACAGUGCUGAUGAGACAAACUUUGUGUUUCUAUCAAGACAAGAAAGACGCUCUCAAGCAGAGCUCCAUGGUAGCAUUACCACUGAAUCUCUGUAGAGCCAUCUGCGCCCUGGAAACAGAGUACACCAAAAAGACCAACUGUUUCACACUGCAGUUGAAGGACGGCUCCAAGUAUCUCCUUAGAGCUCUGACUGAACCACUCAUGAAAGAGUGGGUUACCAAACUGCAGCAAAAUUCAGGUUUACCUGAAGUGGAUUAUUUCCAGUCAGCUUCCCAGGCUGCCCAAAGGACAACCUCUGCUGUUAGUGUGAUUCCUGGCCUUGGGCCCUCCCACUUUCUGGGCCUUCAUCAGCCCCUUACAAGCAAGAGCCAAGAGGAGCCCAAGUCAAGUGUCAGGCUGAAACUGCCUUAUGAUACUCAGGAUGACCCACUGGAUUCUGCAGCGCCACCGGCAGGAAACAAUCAGGGAGCUGCAGCCAUUUAUACAACAGAGCAGAGUCCAAAGCUGUGCUCCCCUGCUGAGUCUCCAAGGUCACAAGAUCCCUUUAUGUGUCAGGAAGAUGACUAUGGGCUUGUGGCAAGCAAGAGGAGAUCCUAUUCCUUCACCUCAGCUACCUACCAGAAGAUAAGCCCAUUGUCGGUAUCUAAAGAGCCUUUGGGGGUUGGCAGCAGCUACUCAGUCACGCUGUACAUUGGAGAGCAGGCACCCGCUGUCCUGAGGCCUCGCUGCCAUUCCUUCAUGGCCACCCCUGGGGCCAUCCGAGAGAGUCUAAGUGAGAGAAGCCAGGGCGUCUCACCUCGCCAGAAGAACAAAUCUGUCUUCAGAAAGUUCUUUGGAAAGAAAGACUGAGAUUCUGGCUCAUUCCUUUCAACCUGGAAAUGGGACGUGUGAUUCCACACAAGCGCUAGGGCUGAUUGCGACCAGUGGGCACUCUAGGGAUUGCC